AUGUAUCUUGUGUCACAAGCCCUGGAAUAUGGGGCUCCCCUCUUCCUCAUUACCUCCCCAGUGACUUCCUAUGCGGACCAGAUUCUCAGCAUUCACCGGUCUAGGAGCUCGGCUGGAUUCUCGCUGGACAUUCCUUUGAUUAUGCUUGUCGCGUCCGUCCUGAAGAUCUUCUACUGGUUCGGCGCUCUCUACUCUUUUUCGCUUCUGAUCCAGGCCGUUAUCACCGUCGGGGUGCAGGUAGUCUUGUUGAAGGUUGCAUUGGACAAUCGGCCAUCGCCCGGGCUGAAGAACAGCGUUGAACAUGUUCCGUUCAGCAGUGUGGACAAUGGUGGAUUUGCGAGACCCUACGAUUUCUGGCAGUGGAAGAGCGCGAAACCUUACUGGAUGUUCUUGGCAUAUUUCGUCGGCGCGCUCACCUUCAUCCAGGUCCUCCUGCCUCCGCUUGCCAACUCGGAAUCCUACAUCGGUCUUCUCGGAUAUGUCGGACUCGCCGUGGAAGCCACGCUGCCUCUUCCCCAGAUUUUCAAGAACCACAAGUCCCGUUCAUGCGCAGGAUUCCGGCUCUCGGUGCUCGCAGCUUGGAUUAUCGGUGAUAUCAUGAAGCUGAGUUACUUCUUCUGCAGCCAGGAAGUGAUCCCCUGGGCCUUCCGGAUGUGUGGUCUCUUCCAAUGUGUUUGCGACCUGUACUUGGGCGUGCAGUUUUGGAUGUACAGUGGUGCCUCGUUCCGGACUGCGGGCAGUCCUCGGGGACCUAGUGAGAGCUUUAAUGUGGAGGAGAAGGACAUCCGAAUGACUUGA